AUGAAUUCAAAAAGAAGUGUAUACUCAAAGUGCUGUUCUCUCAGCUCCUACGAAGUUGUGUUUACAGCGCUCUGUUCCAUAUUGGUAGUACUUUGUGCUGGAUUAAUUGUGGUGUCCUGGCUGGCAAUCAAUGGAUCUGAACCAGGUAUAGUUUUUGAAGAAAGUCAUGAAGCCAGAGGGACAUUUAAAAUAACAUCUGGAGCUUCUUAUAAUCCUAAUUUGCAAGAUAAACUCUCAGUGGAUUUCAAAGUUCUUGCAUUUGACCUUCAGCAAAUGAUAGAUGACAUUUUUCAAUCAAGCAAUCUGAAGAAUACAUACAGAAACUGCAGAAUUUUAAAAUUUGAAAAUGGUAGCAUUGAAGUCAUAUUUGACCUUUUCUUUGCCCAGUGGGUGUCAGAUGAAAAUGUUAAAGAAGAACUGAUUCAAGGCAUUGAAGCAAAUAAAUCCAGCCAACUCGUCACUUUCCAUAUUGAUUUGAACAGCAUCAAUAUCACAGCACCUUUGAAGCAUUUCUCCACAGUAAGCCCUACAACAAUUUCAGAGAAACUGAGUACUUCACAUCCUCCUGAGUCGCCCAAAAAUAUCUCAUUAGACUGCCAACCAGGUUCAAGGCCUUGUGUUGAUGGUUUAAAGUGCAUAGAAAUUGAUUUAUUUUGUGAUGGAGAAUUAAACUGUCCAGAUGGCUCAGAUGAAGGCAAUGAAAUUUGUGCCACUGUUUGUGACGGAAGUUUUUUGUUAACUGGAUCAUCUGGAUCUUUCCAGGCUGCCCAUUAUCCAAAGUCUUCCAAAUCCAGAGCUGUUUGUCAAUGGAUUAUACGUGUAAACCAAGGACUUGCCAUUGAACUCAGCUUUGGUUACUUCAACACAUAUUAUACUGAUAUAUUAGAUAUUUAUGAAGGCAUAGGAUCAAACAAGAUAUUAAGAGCUUCUCUUUGGGAAACCAAUCCUGGUACAAUAAGGAUUUUUUCCAACCAGGUUACUGCCACCUUUGUUAUACAAUCUGAUGAAACUGAAUUCAUUGGGUUUAAUGCAACAUAUACUGCAUUUAACAGUAGCCAUCUUAACAACUAUGAAAAAAUUAAUUGUGAUUUUGAAGAUGGUUUUUGUUUCUGGACCCAAGAUCUAAAUGAUGAUAAUGAAUGGGAAAGAAUUCAAGGAUAUAGCUUUCCUCCCAAUUCUGGACCAAACUUUGACCACACUUUUGGAAAUACUUCAGGAUUUUACAUUUCUACUCCAACUGGACCAGGAGGGAGAAGGGAAAGAGUGAGACUUUUAAGUCUCCCUUUGGUCCUCACAUUGGAGCCAGCCUGCCUUAGUUUCUGGUAUUAUAUGUAUGGUGAAAAUGUUUAUAAAUUAAGCAUUAAUAUCAGCACUGACCAAGAUAUGGAGAAGACAGUUUUCCAAAAAGAAGGAAACUAUGGAGAAAACUGGAAUUAUGGACAAGUUACAUUAAAUGAAACAGUGGAAUUUAAGAUUGCUUUCGAUGCUUUUAAAAACAAUAUUCUGAGUGAUAUAGCACUGGAUGACAUUGGCCUAACUAAUGGGAUUUGCAAUGUGAGUCUUUAUCCAGAACCAACUUUGGUCCCAACUCCUCCACCAGAACUUCCAACGGACUGUGGAGGGCCUUUUGAACUGUGGGAGCCAAAUACAACAUUCAGUUCUAUGAACUUUCCAAACAACUACCCUAAUUUAGCUUUCUGUAUUUGGAAUUUAAAUGCCGAAAGUGGAAAGAAUAUACAAAUUCAUUUUCAAGAAUUUGACUUACAAAAUAUUAAAGAUGUGGUUGAAAUCCGAGAUGGUAGAGAAGAUGAAUCUUUGCUUUUAGAUCCCUGCAAGGAAGACGAUUUUCAGUGUGGAACUGGAGAGUGUAUUCCGUUCCUGAAUCUCUGUGAUGGUCACCCACACUGUAAGGACAACUCAGAUGAAGCACACUGUGUUCGUCUUUUCAAUGGCACAAGGAACGAGGGCUUGGUGCAGUUCAGAAUCCAGAGCAUCUGGCAUGAAGCUUGUGCUGAGAACUGGACCACCCAGAUUUCAAAUGAUAUCUGUCUGUCGCUAGGACUAGGGACUGAGAACUCCUCCAUGCCAUUCUUAUCUACUAGAGGUGGACCAUUUGUGACAGUGAACAAGGCACUUAAUGGCAGCUUAAUACUUACACCUACAAAAAUGUGUUUACAGAACUCAUUGAUUCAAUUGCAAUGCAACCCUAAAACAUGUGGACAAAAAAUGGUGGUUCAAAAAGUCAGCCCAAAGAUUGUUGGUGGAAACAACGCAGAAGAAGGAGCCUGGCCUUGGCUGGUAGCUCUGUAUCAUAAUGACAGACUACUCUGUGGUGCUUCUCUCAUCAGCAACGAUUGGUUGGUGUCUGCUGCACAUUGUGUGUAUGGGAGGAAUUUAGAUCCCUCUGAGUGGAAGGCAAUCCUGGGCCUGCAUACAACAUCAAAUCUGACUUCUCCUCAAGUGGUAACUCGGCUGAUAGACCAAAUUGUCAUAAAUCCACAUUACAAUAAACGAAGAAAAGACAAUGACAUUGUCAUGAUGCAUCUUGAAGUUAAAGUGAAUUACACAGAUUAUAUACAACCUAUUUGCUUACCAGAAGAAAAUCAAGUCUUUCGUCCAGGAAGAAACUGUUUUAUUGCUGGCUGGGGGAGAGUUAUUUAUGAAGGUCCUACUGCAAGCAUAUUGCAAGAAGCUGUUGUUCCUCUUGUAUCAAAUGACAGAUGCCAACAACAAAUGCUAGAAUAUAACAUAACAGAAAACAUGAUAUGUGCUGGUUAUGAAGAAGGAGGAAUCGAUUCCUGUCAGGGAGAUUCAGGAGGACCAUUAAUGUGCCAGGAAAACAACAGGUGGUUCCUGGCUGGAGUGACAUCAUUUGGACGCGAGUGUGCAAGGCCUAAUCGCCCAGGGGUGUAUGCCCGGGUCUCAAAGUUCACAGGAUGGAUACAAAGCUUUUUGCAUUAG